AUGAGCCUGGUCUGUGUUCAGUUGGGACUAUUUGCAUUUUGGAUAUUUGGUUCCUGGGGUUGGUUGAGUAACAAAUGCAUUCUCUAUGAGAAAGUGAAUUACUGGCUGUACAUUCAUGCUAACUGCCCAAGCAUGAUCGGAUUCACUGCCAGUUGCUGGGAUAUAUGUGACCUCAAAGUCAACCUCUCUGUUGUUCCGUCAAACUACCAGACCCUCUGUCUCGAGAUCAGGAGUGGAUACGUAAUGCAAUCUGGCGCUCUCUCUCGAUUCUAUGCUCUUGAGAGACUUCACCUACAGGGCUUUCUACCCACGAUUCUCCAUGGCACCUUCAAGGGACUGUCCAGUGUAAAGACACUCUCUCUGAACGGUAAGGGCAUGAUACAGUGUAACAAUGCAUCGCUUCUAUCCAACACUUUCAGUGACCUGACUAAUCUGGAGGAACUUUCCAUUGAGGAUUGCAUGCUUUCUGCGAUGGCACUGGACGUAUUUGGAGGGAUCCCCCUUUUGAAGAAACUCACAGUCAACAGAUGUUGUACACAUGAGCUAUCUGAUUUGCUAUGCAGGAUAGUUAAUAUGUCACAGUCAAUAACAAGCCUGACAUUUAAGUCAGAGGAUAUAGUCACUUUGAGAGCCCCAAACUGCUGUGACACCAAAGGAGCUGUUCUUGAGCUUCCUCCUUUCUAUCGUCUUCAAGAGGUGAAGUUUUCAUUCCCUAAUGCUCAUCACUUAGAAAAAGGUGCAUUCAAAUGCUUUGAAAACAUCACAGAUCUCUGUGUCCAUAGUUGAUGAGCCACAGACACAGCUUCUGCAGUCUGGCAUCAGAAGACUACAGGCGUUUGUUUUUAACAACAAAUGUAUUUCCUUUGAGUCAGUUUGUGAAACAGUAUUCAAACUCUCAAUCGUAGAAAUUGAUGUAAGUAAUUAUACAUUCUGGAACAACACCACAUCUGCUGUGAGAAACUGCCAGGGGAUAAAGAGGAUUCAUUUAAAUUAUUAUGAACAUGAACGUGAUGCAAUUAACUUAAGUUUGAUCCAUUAUUUGAAGAAUCUUGUUGAUAUGGGUGUUUUCCUUCCUAAGGCUGAAGUUGAAAUCAAUAUGCUUUGUGACACUCAAAAGGGUCCCGUUAUGUGGCUGAAAAAACUGUGGCUGUUUAGCUUUCACAUCAAAAACAUUGCCUCAGAGCAGUUUGGUUGCUUGAAGAAUCUGGAACAGCUGAUUUUGUCAGGAAAUCAGAUUACCAGUGUUGCAGACUUUACAUUUAAGGAACUAGCUAAAUUGAGGUUCCUAGACCUACAGAAUAACAAGAUCUCUCAGAUAUCAGAGAACAGUUUCUUUGGCCUGCAUGGCUUGGAGACCCUAAUUCUGGAACUAAACCCACUUGAAACAAUUGAAGCAUUUGCCUUCAUCCACCUCACUUUGUUGAAGCACGUAUGUUUAGGGGACUUUCAACCUUUGCCUAGUUAGUUGGAGAGUAGCGUGAGUGUGAAUCUGACACACAUAUUUGGUGUCUUCCCUCAAGGGUUAAUGCAAAUUAACAUUUCUUCCAUGUGGUACACCCUCAACAUCAUCAUCGGCAGCAACAGCACACCAAAACCAGGGAUUUCCCUUCAGCUCAGUGCCACAACUGUAUCCUUCCAGGACUACUGGAGACCGUUUUUCCAGUCCGUCAUCAGCCUCACAGCCAUAACAGAACGCCUCCUGUGUGGGUCUCAUUUUGCCGCAAGAUACUUCACCUCCCUCCAGUACUUUGGCUUCAUGUCUGUGCUGUCAGCCAAAUUUGUGGACAUGACUGACCUGAACACACUUGUGGAGCUGAGGUAUCUAUUUAUCCAUUUACUUAACGGUCGAGUGAGGACAAACAGCUGUAUAGUUUCAAAAGUAUACUAUAAAUUAGAUUUUAAAGCUGUACUGUAUGCAAGCCAUCCAAGUCUGGCCUGCCUGCAUUUUUUAAAAGUAUGAAUGGGGUUUAAGAGCAGUAGUGGUCUAAAGAAUAAGAAGAAGUAUGACAGAUUAUUUCAGAAGUGCACUUACAAGGUAAUUGAUUAUAAUCCAACUGUAGGUAUCUGAUGCUAAAGGGAGUGGAACUCUACCGGCAGCCAGGGCUGGCCAUUAUGUUCCACAACCUCACCAAGCUGGAGACCCUGAACCUGAUCACCUGCAGGAUCCUCAGUCUGGAGGAGGAGAUGAGCAGAGACCUGCAUUCCCUCAGGUAGAUAAUAGAAACACCCACCCAUAUGAAGGCGCAGGCGGAGUUUGAACCCAUCCCACUGAGCACAGACGUCAGUUCAACGUCUAGUUUUGAUUUACAUUUAGUUGAGCUGUCAACUAACCGUGAAUUCAACGUGAAGUCAACAACAUAUGUCACCAUGUCAUUGGAUUUAGGGUAAAAGUUGGGUGAAAACAAAUACGAAAUGCCCUUACGUUGAUUACUUUUUGCAAAUCCAAUCAGUUUUCCAACAUUGGAAACAACUUUGAUUCAACCAGUUUUUGCCCAGUGGGAUGCCACAAGGGGCCAUUAGUGGUCUGGAUUUACCACCACAAGACAAGAAUCCGGCAUUACGAGCUACAACUAGUGUGCAAGCUGGCCUCCGUUUGCGCCCUAAGAGUGAACUGUUUUCUGCCUUCUCCUCAGGCAGAUGUCAGUCCACAUCCCAGAGGAGUUCAGUGUGUUGGAGAGCUUCCCAGAGCCGCUGACCAACCUGAGGUACCUGCUACUCUACAGUUUUCGCCUGGACUGCAGCUGUGACAAUGCCUGGCUGGUCGCCUGGGCCGAGAGACAGCCACAUGUCCAGGUCGUCUUUUAUCACCCUGGGGAAGCAGACGUGACAUGUAAAAACGAGAAUGGAAUCCAGAACUUUGCCAGGUAAGAAGAAAGAUGUACUGAUAAUGAGGAGCAUGCCAUUUAUUGUACAACCAUAGAGGCAACACAUGCCUAGAACACCAGCAUGGCCGUUUAGCAUUUGGACUUGUCAUCUAGGCCUGGAUGUACAGCCACAACCUGUUUUAAAAGCUUUCUCUAUUGAUGGCGUCGAUAAUAUGAGUAUUCUAAGUGUCAAGGGAUGUCUUUGUUACCAUCAUUGCGCCGUCCAUCACAGGUACUCAGCAGCUAACUGUUCCCUGGACGUGGGCUUUGUCCUGUUCCUCUGCACCUCGCUGGGCCUGCUCCUCUUCAUGCUGCUGGUGCUCCAUCAGCUGGCUCGGGAAUACCUGCUGGCCUUCUGCCACAUCAUCCGCGGCUGGCUGGAGGAGGCUGUACGGAGGCCCAACCCCAGGGGGCACUACCACUAUGA